AUGGCACCACUUGACAAGAAAAGAAAGUCUGGUCCUACCAAUGAUUCUUUUAUGCGAUCGAAGAAAACCUCAGAAUCUGAUGAUCGACCUUCGAAACGACCAAGAGCAGAAGAGAAUGAGGGGAAAAGUACAUCUACCACAAAAUUUACCCCAGCAACCAAAAUAUCACGACCUAAGGAGGAAGAAGUGGCAUUUCCAAGAGGUGGCGCAAGUGUAUUAACCCCAUUGGAGCAUAAACAAAUCCAGAUUGAUGCUACUAGAGACGUUCUAUUCGAACAACAUGGUGCCAAACAUUCCAAGCCUGAUGGAGAAGAUGAAGAGGGUGAAGAUACUCCAAAAGUAAGGAAGAAGGGGAAGAGUAAAGGUAAGGGCAAAAAGAACGCUCAAGAUACCGAAGUCGAAGAGGAGAUUGUCAAAAUUGAAGGAUUGAGCUAUAAGAGAUUAGUGCCAGGCUCCUUGGUACUUGGUCAAGUAUCCCAGAUCAAUGCUACAGAUAUUGCUCUAUCGUUACCAAAUAACCUGACGGGAUAUGUACCCAUUACUUCAAUUUCGGACAAAGCUACGGAACGGAUUGAGGCGAUCGCGGCCGCCGAGGAGGACGAUGCAGAUGAUGAUCUCGAGGUGGAGGACAUUGAUUUGGAGAAAAUGUUUUCUAUGGGUCAAUACUUAAGAGCAUAUGUCAUUUCCACCAGCGACGAUACAAAUACGGCCACACUGGGAAAGGGAAAAAGACGAAUCGAAUUAUCCCUCCGACCUCAACAUGCCAACAAUGCUGUUACUCCUCAGAAUCUUAUUAUCAAUACCACUCUGAUGGCAUCUGUUACAAGUGUCGAAGAUCAUGGUUUGAUCAUGAAUAUCGGACUUGAAGAUUCUGGUAUUCGUGGUUUCAUGGGUGCAAAAGACAUUGGCCACGAAGUAAAGUUGGCUAAUGUGCAGGAAGGCGCCGUGUUUCUGUGCAUGGUCACUGGUCUCAGUUCCAACGGAAAGACGGUCAAAUUAUGCGCAGACGCUCAAAAGAUUGGCAAUUUGAAGAAAUCGAAUUACCUCACAGAUGCUCCAACGGUGGACGCUUUUCUCCCGGGCACUGCGGUUGAAAUCUUGAUUGUUGAUGUCAGCUCCAGGGGCCUUACCGGAAAGGUCAUGGGUAUGGUUGAUGUUACUGCAGAUUUGAUGCAUUCGGGGACUGGUGUAAUGAACCAGGAGCUAGAAAAGAAAUACAAAAUUGGUGCCAAGGUCAGAGGUAGAGUCAUUUGUACAUUUCCAAAUUACGACCCCCCAAAACUUGGUGUCUCUCUUCUAGAACAUGUUACAUCGCUGUUGCCACAGGAAGCGGGAAGACCUGGAAAUAAAGUAAAUCCACUCGAAACGCUGCCUCUUUCUGCCAUCAUCGAAGAAGUUACAAUCAAGAAAGUCGAGUCUGGAGUCGGUCUUUUUGUGGAUGUGGGCGUUAAGGGCAUCCCUGGGUUUGUCCACAUCUCUAGAGUCAAAGACAGCAAGAUAGAGGUUUUGGAAGAAACAACAGGCCCAUACAAGGUAGGCUCAGUCCACCGUGGUCGUGUUCUUGGCUAUAACUCCCUCGAUGGUGUAUAUCUCAUUUCUUUGGAGAAAAGUGUUCUGGAACAGCCUUAUUUACGGAUUGAAGAUUUGAAGGUUGGAGAGGUUGUGAAGGGAAAGGUUGAGAAGCUUAUUGUUAACGCGAAGGGUAUCGGCGGACUGCUGGUUAACCUGGCUGAAAACAUUUCUGGUCUCGUCCCAGAGACUCACUUAGCAGACGUACAAUUGCUUCACCCCGAAAAGAAAUUCAAGGAAGGCAUGGCCGUCACGGCCCGCGUUCUUUCCACAGAUCCUGGAAAACGACAAAUUCGAUUAACGCUCAAGAAGACACUGGUCAACUCCGAGUCGCCUGCUUUCAUCUCGUAUGAUAACAUAACUAUUGGGAUGCAAAGCCCAGGUACUAUUGUGAAUAUCAUAAGUACCGGUGCGGUGGUUCAAUUCUACGGCACAAUCCGAGGAUUUUUGCCUGUCUCUGAAAUGAGCGAGGCUUACAUUCAGGAUCCCAGCCAGCACUUCAAGGUCGGCCAAGUUGUUAACGUUCAUGUUCUGAAGGUUGACCCCGAGGCUAAGAAACUGACUGUCUCCUGCAAAGAUCCGUCCGUCUUUGGAUUGGCACAGCAGAAUGCGUUGAAGAAUCUCAAAAUCAGCGAGAUUGUGUCUGCUUUGGUCACAGAAAAGUCGAAUGAUGAUAUUUCCGUCGAAAUUCAGGGACUUGGGUUGAGAGCAACGCUUCCUGUCGGUCAUCUUACCGAUGGAUCAGAGAACAAAAGUCGUUCUUCCUUCAAGAACAUUCGAGUUGGCCAAGUAUUGACAGAUCUUGCUGUACUGGACAAACUUGAACAGAAACGCUUGAUUGUUUUGACUAACAAACCGGCGCUUGUCAAGGCUGCUCAGAACAAGACUUUACUGAGAAUCUUCGACGAUGUGAAGGAGAAGAAGACUGUGCAUGGGUUCGUCAAGAACAUAACCUUAACAGCAGUUUUUGUGCAGUUUGGAGGCAGUCUCACCGGACUUUUGCCCAAGAACAAGAUACCCGAGAAGAAUCUUCGUUUGCCAGAUUUUGGAUUCAAGAAAUGUCAAACUGUGGAAGUUAAAGUCCUCGCCGUCGACCAUGGACAGCGAAGAUUCCUUCUAUCCAUGACUGACGCUACUUCUGACAAGAAGUCCCAGGAACCUUUAGCCCCUGGCACCAAUCAGGAAGCAAUAAAUCCUAUCGAUGAAACCAUUAAGAGCAUUGAUGACAUCACCCUGGGCCGACUUACGAAAGCAAAGGUAUCUUCCGUUAAGGAUACUCAAGUGAAUGUACAGCUUGCCGAUAACAUUCAGGGCCGAAUUGAUGUAUCACAAGCUUUUGAUUCUUGGUCGGAGAUAAAAUCCAAGAAACAACCUCUGAAGUCAUUCUCGCCGAAGCAAAUAAUCGAUGUUCGCGUCUUAGGAAUACACGAUGCGCGUAACCAUCGUUUCCUACCUAUUAGUCACAGAGCUGGAAAGACUCUGGUGUUUGAACUGUCCGCUAAGCCCAGUGAUCAAACCGAGGCUGCCAAAGACCCUGUAUCUUUGGACAAAAUUGAGAUUGGCUCUUCUUGGUUAGCAUUCGUCAACAAUGUUGGAGCCGAUUGUCUUUGGGUCAAUCUAUCCCCCAACUUGCGUGGCCGUAUCAGCGCUCUGGAUGUAUCUGAUGAUGUAUCAUUGCUGAAGGACUUAGAAGCAAACUUUCCGAUUGGAUCAGCCAUACGGGUUCACGUCAAGAGUGUAGAUGUCGAAAGCAACCGUCUCGAUUUGUCUGCACGUUCUAGUCAAGAUUCGGAGGCCCUUACUUUUGAUAAAUUAAGCAAAGGCAUGAUCGUACCAGGAAAAGUAACCAGAGUCAAUGAAAGACAGGUGAUGGUGCAGCUAAAUGAUAGCAUCUCCGCACCCAUAAACCUCACGGACCUCUGCGACGACUAUUCGGAAGUUGACCCUUCCAAGUACUCUAAGAAUGAUAUCGUUCGUGUUUGCGUUACUGACCUCGAUACCCCCAACAAACGGGUUAGAUUAUCGACUCGAGCAUCCAGAGUCAUAAAUUCCUCGGCGGCGGUUCAAGAUCCAGAAAUCUCAUCAAUUUCCCAAUUGAAAGUAAAUGACAUUCUGCGUGGAUUUGUCAAACACGUUGCUGACAAAGGGUUGUUCGUCAACUUGGGCGGUAAUGUCACAGCAUAUGUUCGAAUUUCUGACCUUUCGGAUUCUUAUAUCAAAGACUGGAAGUCUGAAUUUCAGGUCGACCAAUUGGUUAAAGGCAAGGUUACCGUUGUUGAUGAGGUUUUGAACCACAUUCAACUGAGUCUCAAACCUUCCGUCAUCGAUAAAGACUACGUUGCGCCUUUGACAUUCAACGAUAUCCAGGUAAACCAAAUUAUUACCGGAAAGAUUCGUAAAGUUGAGGAUUUUGGUGUCUUUAUUGUCGUCGACGGUUCAGCAAAUGUUAGCGGUCUUUGUCACCAAAGUGAAAUGGCUGAAAAGCGUGUACAUGAUGUCAAGAAGCUGUACUCCGAGGGGGAUGAGGUCAAAGCUGUCGUAUUAAGAAUGGACUCCGAGAAGAAACGCAUUAGUUUCUCCAUGAAGGCUUCACACUUGGAAGAUGGAGAAGGAUCUGAAGAUGAUAGUGAAGAUGAUGGUAUGGAGGGCGUCAAGCUUAAUGAUAUGGAUCUCGACGAGGCUGAUGACGACAGUCAAGGCGACAUUGACCUUGAUGAUGUGCAAGACCUUGAAAGUGCUGCAGAAGAGGGCGAUGACGCCUUCGAUUCUGACCAGGAAAUGCCGGAUGCUGGAGAUGAUGUUCCUGCCCUGAGCGCCGGUGGGUUUGAUUGGUCUGCUGAUAUACUGGACCAAGCGGAUGGCCAAUCUAAUGCGGAUUCGGACGACGAAGGCGCUGAAGAAAAGCCCAAAAAGAAGAAGAGAAAGGCGGAGAUUAAGAUCGAUAGAACGGGUGAUCUUGAUGCCAACGGACCGCAAUCUGUCAGUGACUUUGAGCGUCUCCUUUUGGGUCAGCCAGACUCUUCCAGUCUCUGGACCCAGUAUAUGGCUUUCCAAAUGCAACUCAGCGAGUUAGGUAAAGCUAGAGAGAUUGCAGAGCGUGCCAUCAAGACUAUCAAUAUGCGCGAGGAAACCGAGAAACUUAACAUCUGGCUUGCUCUUAUCAAUCUGGAGAUCGCAUAUGGAAGCGAUGAAAGUGUCGAAGAGGUGUUCAAACGGGCUUGCCAGUACAAUGAUGGUCAAGAGGUCCACGAGCGAUUGGCUAGUAUUUAUAUUCAAUCCGGCAAAAAUGAAAAAGCUGAUCAACUCUUCCAAACCCUUACCAAGAAGUUUUCACAAUCUCCCACUGUUUGGGUUAAUUACGCCCACUUUCUUUUCAAUACUCUUGGGUCCCCUGAUCGCGGGCGUACUCUCCUUGCACGUGCUACUCAGUCCCUUCCUCCACACACACAUCUCCCUUUGACGCUCAAGUUCGCAGCUCUAGAAUUCCGCUCUGAACACGGGUCUUCAGAACGUGGACGCACAAUCUUCGAGGGUGUGUUGGCGAAAUGGAAUAAAAGACUGGACAUCUGGGGUCAGCUUUUGGAUCUGGAAAUCAAGGCAGGUGACAAUAGCAUUGUCAGGGGAGUGUUUGAACGAGUGGCUAGAAUCAAGGGAUUGAAACCAAAGGGCGUGAAGGGAUGGUUUAGGAGAUGGAGCGAGUGGGAGGAGACUAAUGGUGACAAAAAGUCACAAGAGAAGGUAAGAGCAAUUGCCGAGGAGUGGGUCAGGAGCAGAUCCGCAAAGAAGGAUGAUGAGGAGUGA